GAUGGCAGUGGAGCUGUGCCCUGCUGCAGGUUGGUCACUGUCUGUACUUUGGAAGAUGAGCCCCUGAACAGACUGCAGAAUGGACUGCUGAAUUGGGAUUUAUUGCAGACUCAACUGUACAGCUCUGCUCAUUGCUUCAUCUAUUACCAGUUAUUUAAAUUGGACUUUUAAUAUCCUGCCAGCUGCUGUCCACACACACAUGGUGCAUUGUUGCCAUUCUCAGAAUUGCAUCUUUGAAACCCAGGCCCUCAGUAACCUUCACAGAAGAAAGAGGCGACCUCCUGCGUACGUUUGUAGAGGGAGUUUUUGGCCCUGCUGCCCUCUGGCUUUCUGGCUGCUGCUGUAUUUCUGAGACACUAUGGAGCCCAGCAUGGAGUACUGCUUAGCACAGGUGCUGCAGAAGGAUGUUGGAAAAAGACUUCAGGUUGGCCAGGAAUUGAUAGAUUAUUUCUCAGAUAAACAGAAGUCAGCUGAUCUUGAACAUGAUCAGACUAUGCUGGAUAAAAUGGUUGAUGGACUGGCCACUUCUUGGGUAAAUUCCAGCAAUUAUAAGGUGGUUCUCCUGGGGAUUGACAUCAUCUCUGCACUGGUGUCCCGCUUGCAAGAUCGCUUCAAGGCCCAGAUUGGCACAGUGCUGCCAAGUUUACUUGAUAGGCUGGGAGAUUCUAAGGACUCAGUGAGGGAGCAGGAUCAGACCUUGCUGCUGAAAAUCAUGGAACAAGCUGCUAACCCUCAGUACGUGUGGGACAGGAUGCUGGGAGGAUUCAAACACAAGAAUUUUCGGACAAGAGAAGGGAUUUGCCUCUGCCUUAUUGCAACACUCAAUGCAUCUGGAGCUCAGAGUUUAACACUGAGUAAGAUAGUGCCACAUAUAUGUAACUUACUUGGAGAUCCAAACAGCCAGGUUCGAGAUGCAGCAAUAAACAGCCUUGUGGAAAUUUACAGACAUGUUGGUGAACGUGUAAGGGCUGAUCUCAGUAAAAAAGGAUUACCCCAGUCUCGGUUGAAUGUAAUUUUUACAAAAUUCGAUGAGGUCCAAAAAUCUGGAAACAUGGUCCAGACUUCAGUUGAUAAAAUUUUUGAUGAUGAAGACUCCGUGGAUGGGAACAGACCUUCCUCAGCCAGCUCCUCUACAUCUUCAAAGGCCCCUGCAAACUCACGCAGAGUUGGGAUGGGCACUACCCGCAGGCUUGGCUCUGCACCUCUGGGCUCCAAGUCUUCAACAGCCAAAGAGGGGGCAGGUGCUGUGGAUGAAGAAGACUUCAUUAAGGCAUUUGAAGAUGUCCCAACAGUUCAGAUUUAUUCCAGCCGGGAUCUCGAGGAAUCCAUAAACAAGAUCAGAGAGAUCCUGUCAGAUGAUAAACAUGACUGGGAACAGAGAGUUUCUGCGCUGAAAAAGAUCCGCUCCUUACUUUUGGCUGGAGCUGCAGAAUAUGAUAACUUCUUCCAGCAUUUAAGACUUUUGGAUGGAGCAUUUAAAUUAUCUGCUAAAGACCUGCGCUCUCAAGUUGUCAGAGAGGCUUGUAUCACCUUGGGACAUUUGUCAUCAGUUCUGGGAAACAAGUUUGACCAUGGGGCAGAAGCCAUCAUGCCAACAAUUUUUAAUCUAAUUCCAAAUAGUGCCAAAGUCAUGGCCACUUCUGGUGUUGUAGCAGUUAGAUUAAUCAUUCGACACACGCACAUCCCUCGGUUAAUACCCAUCAUAACCAGUAAUUGUACCUCCAAGUCUGUUGCAGUUAGAAGGCGCUGCUUUGAAUUUUUAGACUUGCUGUUGCAGGAGUGGCAAACACACUCCUUAGAAAGACACAUAUCAGUGUUGGCUGAAACAAUAAAGAAGGGAAUUCAUGAUGCAGACUCUGAAGCCAGGAUAGAGGCAAGAAAGUGCUACUGGGGUUUCCACAGUCACUUCAGCCGAGAGGCAGAGCAUUUGUACCACACCUUGGAGUCUUCCUACCAGAAGGCCCUGCAGUCCCACCUGAAGAACUCUGACAGCAUCGUGUCCCUGCCACAGUCGGAUCGCUCCUCCUCCAGCUCCCAGGAGAGUCUCAACCGUCCACUCUCUGCCAAAAGAAGUCCUACUGGAAGUACAACAUCAAGAGCAUCUACAGUAAGUACAAAAUCUGUGUCAACACCAGGAUCUCUGCAGCGAUCCCGCAGUGACGUCGAUGUGAAUGCAGCAGCUAGUGCCAAGUCAAAAGUGACGUCUGCUGGAGCAUCCACCCCCUUCAGUUCUGCUGCAGCCUUGCCCCCAGGGUCAUACGCAUCACUAGGCCGGAUCCGCACGCGGAGGCAGAGCUCCGGCAGCGCCACCAGCGUCACCUCCACGCCAGCCGACACCCGGGGCCGCAGCCGCGCCAAAGUGGUGUCCCAGUCCCAGCGAUCCAGAUCAGCUAAUCCUGCUGGUGCUGGUAGCCGGUCUAGCUCUCCGGGUAAGCUCUUAGGAAGCUCCUAUGGUGGCCUGAGCAGUGGAGCAUCCCGAGUCCAGGCAGUGCCAUCAUCCUCAGAGAAGCGCAGCAAGAUCCCGCGGAGCCAGGGCUGCAGCCGGGAGACGAGUCCCAACAGAAUAGGCCUAGCACGGAGCAGUCGCAUCCCCCGACCCAGCAUGAGUCAGGGGUGCAGUCGUGAUACCAGCCGUGAGAGCAGUCGAGAUACAAGCCCUGCUCGGGGCUUCCCUCCACUUGACCGGUUUGGGCUCGGACAGCCAGGCAGGAUGCCUGCUUCUGUGAAUGCCAUGCGGGUCCUGAGCACCAGCACUGAUCUGGAGGCUGCUGUGGCUGAUGCACUGCUGUUAGGAGACUCCAGGAGCAAGAAGAAGCCAGUGAGGAGGAGGUAUGAGCCCUAUGGGAUGUACUCGGAUGACGAUGCCAACAGCGACGCCUCCAGCGCCUGCUCGGAGCGCUCCUACGGCUCCAGGAACGGGGGCAUUCCGCACUACCUGCGCCAGACCGAGGACGUGGCUGAGGUCCUCAACCACUGCGCCAGCUCCAACUGGUCUGAAAGGAAAGAGGGGCUCAUAGGCCUUCAGAAUCUGCUGAAGAGCCAGAGGACACUGAGCCGAGUGGAGUUAAAAAGGCUGUGUGAAAUAUUUACUCGCAUGUUUGCUGACCCUCACAGCAAGGUCUUCAGCAUGUUUCUGGAAACCCUGGUUGAUUUCAUCAUCAUUCAUAAAGAUGACUUGCAGGAUUGGCUUUUUGUUCUCCUGACCCAGUUGCUAAAGAAAAUGGGAGCAGAUUUGUUGGGGUCUGUGCAGGCAAAGGUUCAAAAAGCUUUGGAUGUCACCAGGGAUUCUUUUCCAUUUGAUCAGCAAUUUAACAUUUUGAUGAGGUUUAUUGUAGAUCAGACCCAGACACCAAACCUGAAGGUCAAAGUUGCUAUCCUGAAGUAUAUUGAGUCCUUGGCAAGACAGAUGGAUCCAACAGACUUUGUGAAUUCCAGUGAGACAAGACUUGCUGUAUCUAGAAUUAUAACUUGGACUACAGAACCAAAGAGCUCAGAUGUGAGAAAGACGAUGCAUAGUUGGGUGGGUGAGGAUUUGCCAGCUAGGACAACUACAGCCUCCUCAGGGCCUGGUGAAGGAAACUUGGAAGAGAAAUGUAAACAGGCAGCACAAAUAGUCCUGAUUUCUCUCUUUGAAUUGAACACUCCUGAGUUUACCAUGUUACUUGGUGCCUUGCCAAAAACAUUCCAGGAUGGUGCUACCAAGCUCCUGCACAACCACCUCAAGAACUCCAGUAACACCAGUGUGGGUUCCCCCAGCAAUACCCUUGGUCGGACUCCUUCCCGGCACUCCAGCAGCAGAACCAGCCCCUUAACUUCACCUACCAACUGCUCCCAUGGUGGACUGUCUCCAAGUCGGCUCUGGGGUUGGAGUGCAGAUGGGCUGUCGAAGCACCCCCCUCCCCUUUCUCAGCCUAACUCCAUCCCCACUGCUCCUUCCCACAAGACUUUCAGACGCUCUUACUCUCCCAGUAUGCUGGAUUAUGACACGGAGAACCUAAACUCUGAUGAAAUCUACAGCUCUCUUCGUGGAGUCACAGAAGCGAUUGAGAAAUUUAGUUUCCGUAGUCAAGAGGACCUGAAUGAGCCAAUCAAACGUGAUGGAAAGAAGGACUGUGACAUUGUGUCUCGGGAUGGUGGCCUUGCUCUCCCUAGUGGCGAUGUCCGCGGAAGUGGUGACGUUGUGGAAGGCGGCAGGAUGGCUCUGGACAACAAAACCUCCCUGCUGAACACGCAGCCUCCCCGCGCCUUUUCGGGGCCCCGUGCUCGGGAGUACAACCCCUAUCCUUAUGCUGACACCAUUAACACUUACGACAAGACUGCCCUGAAGGAAGCAGUGUUUGAUGACGACAUGGAUCAGCUCCGGGAUGAAGUACCCAUUGACCAUUCGGAUUUGGUGGCUGAUCUUCUGAAAGAGCUCUCCAACCACAACGAGCGGGUGGAGGAGCGGAAAGGAGCUCUCCUGGAACUGCUGAAGAUCACAAGGGAGGAUAAUCUUGGAGUUUGGGAGGAGCAUUUCAAAACCAUUCUGCUCUUGCUGCUGGAAACGCUUGGAGACAAAGAUCAUUCAAUCAGAGCCCUGGCACUGCGGGUCCUGAGGGAGAUCCUGCGGAACCAGCCGGCGCGGUUCAAGAACUACGCGGAGUUGACUAUCAUGAAAACACUGGAAGCACAUAAGGAUUCCCACAAGGAGGUUGUCAGAGCUGCUGAAGAAGCUGCUUCCACCCUGGCAAGCUCCAUCCACCCCGAGCAGUGCAUCAAGGUGCUCUGCCCCAUCAUUCAGACUGCAGACUAUCCAAUUAACUUGGCUGCCAUCAAAAUGCAAACAAAAGUAAUCGAGAGAAUUUCCAAGGAAUCGUUGCAUCAGCUCCUACCUGAUAUCAUUCCUGGGUUGUUACAGGGUUAUGAUAACACAGAGAGCAGUGUCAGAAAAGCCAGUGUAUUUUGCCUAGUGGCUAUUUAUUCAGUAAUUGGAGAAGAACUGAAACCUCAUCUCGCACAACUCACAGGAAGCAAGAUGAAGCUACUCAACUUGUAUAUAAAGAGGGCACAGACCACCAACAGCAACAGCAGCUCCUCUUCAGAUGUUUCAACGCACAGUUAAUGGAGAUGUGUGGACAUGUGUGUAGACUUAGAAGCAAUCAACGGUGCCUCUCAGAGACCUUUCUGCUACUCUUCACUGGCGCGCUCCAUCAGCUCAAGGAGGCCAUGCAGAUAUUUAUUGCAAUCAGUAUUUUAGUCCCUUCAAAGCUUUUAUGUAGAAUCUUACUGGUAUUGAAUGUAAAGGAAGCAAGGUCUGUGUCGCAGUCUUCAUUAAAAGUGAACAUCAGAAAGCCAUACUUAAACAUAUUUGUAUAGCCUGCUGAAAUCUCAGAAAUAUGUUUAGGUUAGCAUUCUAACACUGAGUCCAAGAACCUGGGCACGUGUAAAAGUCAAACAAAUCUUGUGGGUUUAGUUCAUAGCCAGUUUUGGUUCCUGUGUGUUAAUUACCUGCUCUCUCCCCUCACCCAUUCUGGCUGGGUCCUUCUCUUCUUUCAACUCUUGUGUUCCUGUUCUGUACUCCCUGUUGCAGCUUAGCUGACUUGCAGGGCCCUCCAUGGGGAGAUCAUUGCAGGUAUGGCUGUGAUUCCAGCCUCAGAUGCUUUAAUACUGAGAGAUACCAAGUGAGUAAUGAAAGUAGGUUCUUUUUAAACAUCUGAGUUUUGUACAUAGUUCUGACAGACCCCGGAUGGGCUGAUCUCUCUGUAACUGCUAUCCAGCCAGCUGUGCUGUGCAUAACAGCUGGGCUCUUGCUCUUUUCAUUGACUUUGUAAAUACUUCUCCCCUCUCAACCCAUUUGGCUCUUUCAUAUGUUCAAAAGACUCUCCAGGUUACCUGUUACUCCCCAAAGGGAACCUGAGACCCAGUUCUGGGACUGAUUCUGCAAAUAGGAUAGUGGAGUUGGGUGGGUGGGAUUGGGUUAGGCUCUGAGUGUGUCAGUGGGUGGGCAGUGGGAGCUGGCAGAGCUGUACUGCAGUGCCAGCUGUUUUCCUUGAAAUCUGUAGCAUCAAAGGGCUGAUCUGCUGCUCUGACUGACCCACUGAUGCUGGAUGGCUUUGUCCCCGCAGCUCCUUUGCACUUUGGGUUCAUCCCAGAGGACAGAAAGGGUGUCUGAAUCUGAACAGAAAUACCACAUGGAAGCACCUCUGAGCCAGCUGGGACAGUGCUGGUUGCCUGCCACAGCCCCUCCUGUUCCUGAGGACCCUGCAGUGCUCUUAACUGCCCUUAGAAGCCUCCUUUGUGCCAUCUCCAUGCACAGGCUUGCUGAGUGCUCUGCAUUUCAGAAGAGUGAGGGUCCCUCACUGGGCACUGCUGGCAGCAGGGUGCUCUGGGUGAGGUGUUUGCAGCCUGAUGACACAGACCAGGACAGAGGCAAAUCAGCAGCAAUGAAACACCCACAGCACUGCCCUUCCCUGAACAGAGACCCUUCUUCCUGCACAGGGGGAGCUCCCCCUGGCCUGCCUGUAACCAGGCAAGGCAGGAGGUUGCUAAUUAACGUGCUGGGUUUGGCCCUGGGCUGGAUCCUGGCUGCUGGGCAUGCCCACCCCAAACCUGCCAUGGAUCCCAGCUGGGGCUUUGCCUCCAUGCCAGUGAUGCAAGAGGGUGAUGGACUUGCAGCUCAUGGCUGCAGCUGUGGUGAUGGAUGUGUGUUCCCUGGCUGCUCUCAGUGCCCUGGAGUCUCUCCAGCUUCCUCCACCUCCCCUUUAGGAGCUGAAGGGACGCCUUGGGAGCACACUGAGAACAUGAGACUCCAUUACUGCAGCAGGGGAGGGUAAAGCCCCUUCCAUCAAUUAUCCCUCUGUGUUUCAACCCCAUCCCUGAGGAGCUGACGCUUGGUGCCAGCUUCUCUCCCAGUUCUCUUCUCAGGAGGGGUUGGGGCUGGUGGGGCACUGUGUGUCACUGGGCUGCAAAGCUUGUUGGUCCCUUUCCCUGCUGACCUGAGAGCAGGGGAGGUGACCUGCUCCUGCUACACACGUGUGAGGCUUUUGCUGGCUGCAGGGCUAAUUCCCUCAUCUUCCCCAGCCAGUAAUGCUAUGGCAGGAGAAACCAUGUGCUUUCCUGGGGUGGGGGAUUCCCCCAGGGUCUUUCUGCAGGCUCAGAAAAGCCAUCCUCACUAAAGGGGGGGAAUUGGCUGCUCCAUGGUUCAUGUCUGCCUUUCUGUGGACCAUUUCUUUUCCACAUCUUUCUGUGUGCUUGUUAGAAUGCUCUUUUUUAAUUUUUUUGAAUGAUUCAAAUUUAAUUUUAACACAAAUUUAUUUUUCCUUUUGAGGAAAUACUCAGUUGACUUGUUGGCAGCAGUUAAGCUGUCUUGUUUGAUUUUUUAGUAGUGGGCUAGGUUUUUUGAGGGCGAGGUGUUGGUUUUUUGUUUUGUUUUUUUUUUUUUUUUUUUUUUUUUUUUAAUUGUGCUCUUAACUGCUUAGUAUUUAUGCCUCUCUUUCUCCCCAUCUCAGCUCAGCAUCUUCUGUUCCAGGUCUGGGGUUCAGAAGGUCAGCAUAGCUGACCAGGUGGUGUUAGUCCCUCCCAGCUGUGAUGGAACUUGGUCUAUCAUCAUUUGCUGUUGGUUGGUUUUGAUUUUUUUCCUUUCCAUUGAAUGGCACACUGUAGCAAAUCUCCAGGAAUCGAAUUCCUUCUGCAAUGAUUUUAUAUGCUUUAUAAAACGCUGUUGUAUGCACUGAGAGUGAGCGCGCUGUUCGUCCCUGACCCCGCAGUCGGGGUCUGAGCUCGUCCUUGCGGCCCUGCAGGGGGAUCAGGCCUUGCUUCUGAAUCAGAUUCAGUUCCCUUUGUCAGCAGAUGCUCAUCCAUGUGCUACUUGAUUUCAUGGUGUGGGUGGAGCACUGUCCAUCCUGGGAGGACUCCAGGGUGUGCUCUGCCUGUCCACAGUAGGAGCAUUCUGCCGGGGUAUUUAUGAAUCAUCGCCGACAAUGUACAUAGUAGGGCUCUUUAGGAUGUUGAACAUGACCCAGUUUUUAUUUUGUGUUUCCUUUGAAGUACUCAAAGGGCUAGCUCUGAAUGUCACCUCUCUGAUCUGCAGUUUUGACUUCAACAAGCUGUACAAUCAUCUUGUUUUCUCUUCAGCAAGCAUAAAGGUCUCUCUGGCUACAAAUCAGUGUCCACGCACGCUUGCAGAGGAAGGUCUGCAUGCUGCAGUGCCUCACUGCUCCGGUGAAGCUUGUGCUCACCUUCUCCUGGCAGUAGCCACCUACUGCAGCUGCCUUUUUUUUUCUUGCUGCCCAUUAUGCAGGGCUUCAAUUUUUCGUACCUUUAAAAAAAAGGAGAAAAAAAAAAAAAGAAAAAAAAGUGUAUUUUCUUUGCCCACCAUGCUUUAAAAAUCUGAAUGGGAGAAAACUCUCAGCAGACAGCAGCUCGUGGCUGCAAGGUUGCCGAAAUCUCAGAUGUGGAUGUUUUUUCUGCCAUUGGCUGCACCAGUGCUCCGUGGGCAUGGGCAAAUCCCGGCUCCAUCUGCCCCACAGGUCUACGUACUGUAGUUCUCAUGUAGUUCAGAAAUACCGAGGCAUGUGGCUUUCUUAAGGUACACUAUGUGUGCUUGCCUGGAUUACAAUACAAUACAAGACUGUCUUUUUAAUUGCUUAUUACUAGCUUACCAAUAACCUGUAUAAGUAAUGUAACUUGCAUCUUUGUCAUCAGAACCUUUUCUCCCCACCCCUUUAUUUAUCAAGCAUAAUAUUACAUAUUAAGGGACAGAAAAAUAGACCUUUGUAGUACACAGCAGGACGUUGCUAACAAUGUUUUAAAUGGGAAGUUAAAAAUGCUCUGAAAAAUGCCAGCCAUGAGAAAUGACUUUGUUGGCACCGUGUUCAUGCGCAUGUAUUUUUUUCUAUUUUUUCCGCUUUUGUCAUGUUACAUCCAUAUCUGUAUUUAUAUCUUAUUUGUUUCACUUUUGAGUGUAUCAUGGCAAUUGUACAGAUGUUUUUUUGUUAACAUUUACGUGAUAGAAUUUGCUAAAAAAAAAAAAUUAAAAUAAAACCUUUUGAGUUUGCCCUAGA